CUCCAGCAGCGCAUCAUUCACUCUUUCUCACGCUCCGACUCCAGUCAUUCAUUAACAAUACUCACCAAGCCACAACCCUAAUUCCUUCUCUUCCAUUUCCAUUUACCGAAUCUUAUCAAGCAAAAUGAAGGCCUCCUUUAUCACCAUCCUUGCUACUCUGGCCACCUCGGCCAUCGCUGCCCCUACUGGCAGUCUCUCUGGAAUCACCGAGGUCACGAAGACUGUGAAUUCGGGUUCCAUUGUCUCCAGCAAUGUGGUUUCCACUCCCAUUGCCAGCUCUGGCGCCACUGGUCAUAUCGUCCAGGAUGCUGGCAGCACUGUUAAUCAGGUCUUGACUGUCACUGGCCCUGACGCAAAGAAGCUUCUCAUCCAGUUGAGCCCUGAUGUCGCCAACCUUCUCUCCGGCCUGGGUCUUCCCGGUGUCGGAGUCUCUGUUGGUUCUAUUGUUAAGUCGGCUGCGUCUGUUGGCGACCUCAUCAAGGACCUCGGCUCAGCUGUUGACGGUCUCCUCACCGUUGUCGACAAAGAUGUCGGUGCUCUCCUGAUUCAACUUGACCCUGAGGUUACGGGUCUGCUCAGCGGACUUGGACUGCCCAGUGUCGGUGUUCCCGUUGGCUCAGUCGUGGGCACCCUUGGCGAGAACCUCAAGCGCUCGGCCGAUGGAAAGAUUGUCGAGGACCUUUCCCCCAAGGUCAAGGACGUCCUCGAAGUCACCGGCGCUGACUCCAAGCGCCUUCUUGUCCAGCUUAGCCCUUCUGUCGCCUCUCUUGUUUCCAACCUUGGUCUUCCCAGUGUUGGAACCUCCGUGGGUCAGAUCAUCAAGACUGCCAGCAAUGUCGGUGACCUUCUUGAGGACCUUGCUGUGCCCGUCGAGCAGCUCCUCACUGUGGUUGGCCAGGAUGGCUCUUACCUCCUCAUCCAGCUCUCUCCUAAGGUUGCUGCUCUCCUGUCUGGCCUUGGUCUCCCCGCUUUGGGCACCUCUGUGGGUAGCAUCGUUGCGACUCUCGGUCAGAACUUGUAAAUUGUGAGUGCACGCCACUGAUGUUCUGGGAAUUCUUUCAGAGUAACGCUAAUCUUCCAUUACUACUCUUCUCUGAGGAAUCGGCCUGUUUAUGUGCCGGCGAUGAAAAGCGACGAUAACCGCAUUGUAUAUUUAUUUGGUUCUGUACUGUUGAGCAGAUGUUGCAUAUGUCGGGGAAGCCCGCAACUAUUGGUUUAAUCUUAAUUGACGAGUUUAUAAGAGCACAACUUGGUUUUCGAUGGUGGUGAUGCG